AUGAGUGAUUACUAUCAGCAAUACCUGUCCUCGGUAGCGGGGACAGGGGAAUCACCAAACCAAAAUCCUCAGGAUGCCCAAUACCAGCCUCAACAACAUUCUGCACACAUGGGCAACAUAAGUCCACCUUUAGCAACUCCGUACCAAAAUCUAGGAUACUUCACUGGUUUUCCUGACCCGAUUAUGUUCCAGGCCCCUAAAGCCCAGAACAACCGAAAUCGCAAGAAAUCCACAUCUGGAACGGAUCAUGUUAAGCAUCGCCGAACACGGUCGGGAUGUUAUACAUGUCGAAGUCGACGAGUUAAGUGCGAUGAAACCCAUCCUAUCUGUGAACGUUGCCGCAAAGGCAAGAGGGAUUGCGUUUACCCCGAACCCUCUUCCGGAAAGGGGCAAGCUUCUGGGUCAGGAUCAUCGAAAGACGCAGCGGGUUUGACACAAGAACCUAGCCCAAAUUCUUCGCAAGACGAAGCGGACGAAGAAAUAGAGAGAAACUUAAAGUUAGAACCAAUACUCGACGAAGAUGAGUCUGCUGAGGCGUUGUCGCCAUCCUCAUAUUCCGUGACAGACUUGCGAAGGACAAGCACAACCUCGACCCAGCACACCCAAAGAACUAUGACGAGACAAAGCUCCGAGACACCCUCCCAAGAAGGUACUAAAAGUGCCUCACCAGCAGUAUCAACUGGCACCUCCGCAAGUUUUACGAUAUCCUUCCAAGUUCCUGAUCCUGCAUUGCAGUCAGCAGUACCCGGACUGGAUUGGUCCCACCUACCAACCGAACUACAAUCUCACCUAAGAUACUUCGUCGAUAACAUCACUCACUAUAACUAUGGGAUGGUUAAUGAUUCCGAUAAUUUCUUUCGUUCGAUAUUACCUAGCUUAGCCGUGCAGCCCGGCAACGAAGCUCUUCUGAAUGCGGUGGUAGGAUUUUCAGCGUAUCACCGAACAGUCAAAGAUCCAAACGGAAAAAUCCAGGACUUCUUACGAUACUAUAACAAAAGUGUUACAUUCCUUCUAAGCUGCCUUAAAAGACGAGAGAAGCAGAGCACCGCCACGCUGCUGACCAUCUUGCAGCUUGCAACCAUCGAGGAAUACCUGGGUGAUUGGGUGAAUCUGAUGGGACACCAAAAAGCCGCUCACGAGAUUUUGACUCGGUUGUUUACACCCCACACAAUAUUGGCCUCUCCUACAUCUCGAAUUUUGCUAACUUGGUACAUCCGGUUCGAUGUUUUCGUGGGUAUGAUGGGAGGCUUCGAGACGAAUCUGCCGCGACAAUGGUUUUCCACCGUGGUCCGAUUCUGUAAGGAACAAGUCGAGCAAGACCCGCAAAACCUGGGCAUGAAAACAGAACUUCAUGCUUCUGCUUUGCGACUGAUAUCUAGGGACAUGUCAAUCCUCUAUGCAAAAGGUGGCCGAGGCGAGCUUUCGGGUGAAGAAUUCGCUGCGGAACACAGCCAGAUUACGACCCGUCUAUACGAAUGGCGAUCCAAAUUAGACCCUGCCCUUACCGACCCGAACUUUCUCGUAACCGAUUUCAAGCACAAAGUUCCGUUAACCGAAGACGAUAUUAUCGAUCCUUACAAACCGGGAUACCUCUACGAAAAUCCAUUAUUUACAACGACUGAGCUCAUGGCGGAAUGGCAUUCCAUCCUAGUUAUGCAUAAGAGUCAGGAGGCGUUUGCAUUACAACAAAAACCCUCAGACGAAUUACGAGGCUUGGCAUUUGCGAUUUGUGAAAUAUUCGAGGCUGUGGAACUAUGGCCAUCAGCACCCAGCGGCGCCCUCGUUCCGAUCCAAGCCUGCCUUGCCAUAGCGGCAUUGUUCCUCCCCCGAGACCAGGCGCACCACAUGUGGUUGAGACGGAAAUAUGCAAUGUUGGAGUCAUUAGGAUAUGUCUUCCCACUCACUAUACGAGCUCGGAUGGCAGAAAUAUUCCGCGACCCUUCAUGCAUACAAUGGUGGCUUCCGAACGACGAAGGACUCAGCUCCAUCUUACGGAGCAUCCGUGCCUUUGCAGACGAACGCAAUGCGAAUCCUGUUUCUCAACAAACCGAAUCCCUCCGAGAAAUCAGCGCCAUAUUUGCAAAAAUGCGCCUCGAUCACGAGCAUGAGGCAGAGCCAUCACCCGGUGAAUCAAACAGUGGCGCCUCGUCAUUUUGA